UCAUGAUCGAAGUUUAAAUUAUAAUGUGAUGGAUGUUCACCAUGUAGAAGUUGGAAGAAAGAAGCGUGAAAGAUUAAAACAUAGUGGAAAAAUUAAAAUGGAACAAACAUCGAUUAGGCUCAGUUCAUCUUUGAAUUUAAUAAGCAUGAGAUAUAUGAGAAGCAAAAGGCUUGUCUUGAAACGUUUGAAUGAAGAUGAUGAAGUUAUUGGAUAUGUUCCUGGUGUUGAAAUCUAUGUUGAUGGUGUUUAA